UGACCGAAGAACAAUUUAGCCAUACUGACAUUAAUUACGACCAUAACAUCAAAAACAAUGGUAUCGACGAGAAUGACCAAUCAAUAUAUAACCAAGAAUAUCCCUUUACGAUAGUGACAGCAUCAAGUUCAAAUCAUUAUUGUGCAAUACAAAGUUGGCUUUACUACAUGAAAGGAAUAUUAAACACAAUUCCAGUAUCUAAACGGCCCAGGAUUAUGGUUUAUGACAUUGGAUUGGCAAAUUAUCAAAGAAAAUGGAUAAGAGUCUUACUCGAGAAAAAGUACUUUACUGAAUUGAGAAAAUUUGAAUUUGAAAGGUAUCCAGCAUUUUGGAAAGUAGAUAAUGAGACAAGAGGCGAGUAUGCAUGGAAACCUGGUAUAAUAUCUGAGGUUAUUAGAGAUUAUCCUGGGCCAACGUUUUGGCUCGACUCUGGAACUUAUGUAUCACCAGGAUUUUUGAAACAAUUCAACCUCAUUUUGAACUAUUAUGAUGGAUUCUUUUCACCAAUAUCAUCUGGUUACAUACCAACAUGGACACAUCAAGGUGUUUUUGAUUAUUUUAAUGAUAAUGUAAAAAAAUAUUCAAGCCGUGCAAAUUGUAAUGGAGCAGCAAUAGCAUUUGAUUCAAAUAAAGUAAGACAUUUAAUGAAUAAUUGGGUAAAGUGUGCCCGAAUAAAACAAUGUAUAGCACCAGAAGGUAGCAACAGAACAAACCAUCGACAAGAUCAAGCAAUUUUAACAUAUCUGGCAGCAAGGGAAAAAAUGUUUUGUACAAAUAGGGUGGAAUUUUUUGGAUUGAGGACUCAUAUGGAUAAAGUAUGCGAAAAUAACAUUUAUUUCUAUGAAAAAUUGAACAAUAUUACCUGGUCUCCAACUAUACAAGAUUUGAAUGAGAUAGAAGAGGUGAAAGAGCUAGCACCUGAUCAUUAUAUCUAUGAUAUAUGGAAUCCUGGAGCUAAAGAAAAAAUGUUGGAUAGAAUUCGUGAAAACGAUAAAGAAAUAUAUAAUCAUUUUUUUAAUUUAGAUCAAGAUUAG